AUGUCUGCCCGCUACAUCCCGUCGAGCUACUGCCCCGGCAUGUACGCGCAGCAGGCCGCCCAGCUGAACGCCGUCGAGGAGCCUCCUGCUCCAAGCCCUGCGCCAAAGACGGCCAUCCCGGUGGCCCCGUCGAAGCUUCAGCAACAGCAGCCGGCACCCCAGCCGCCGAAACCGGCCGUCGAGCCGACCCCCGUCUACUCGUCGUACGCUCGUGGCGCCGUGCUCCCCGCCGCCUACUACCUCGACUACAACCAGCCGAUGAUGGCCCCUCCGCCUACGCCCGCCACCCAGCACAUUCCCACCCCGUACCCACAGUCCGUUCCGGAACACCAGCAUGACGACGCGAACUGCCCCUACAAGCAGUACAGCCCCGCCGUCACCCCGGUUGCUGCCAGGCCGGUGGAGCAGCAGCAGAAUGUGCCCAUCAAGCGCGAGCCGGCCCCGUUCGCCUACGAGCCCUCGGCGUACGCCCUCCAGCAGCUUGAGGAGAACUAUGCCCGCGCCCCGACUGCCGCCCCCGUCGGCCCGAAGAAGUCGCUUUAUGCUCCACCCGGCGAGCGUCAGCAGCCUCACAUCGCUGGGCCCGGCCAAGCCAACCAGAAGGUCCAGUUUGCCGCCCCGCCACCGCAGCAGCACGUUGCCCCGGCUCGCCCUGCCUUCCGCCCGGCCCUCGGCAUGUCGACGUACGUCGGUGGUGUCCCGAAUGACAUGAUCGCUGCCUACCACACCGGCAUGGUGCCCGCCUACUACCAGCAAGCGGCCCGCGACGCCAUCUCGAACUACCACUUUGGCAACUACCAGCCAAACGUUGUCGACUCGGCCGUGACUGCCGAUAUCCAAGAAGCUGAGGCCGCCGCCAUGGCUGCUGCGCAGCAAGUUCAGCAGCCACAGGCGCCCGUCUUCAACAUGGCCACGAUGGGACAGGCCGUCAAUGACAUCCAGGCCCAUGUGAGCGGCCGCGCCUUUGCCCCGCUGAACAUGCCGCCGUGCUCGGAGUACCAAUUCGAUCAGCUGCAGGAUAUGGCCAGCUGCAAC